AUGCACGAAGGCUCGAGAAUGACCUUGAAUCUGUUGAGGAGCCGAACCUCCCCAGGAGUGGCCAGGGUCAACUGCUCAGCGCGACUUAGCAGAUCCGUCUUUUCGAUCUCUCGCUUCAAUCCCUCAUACUCCAACACACGUUUGCUUGUAUCGCGGCCGCCAUCCCGGCGAUAUCUAAGCAGCGAUGCGAAUGGCUCUUCUGCAACCCCGGAUAGCCCUGAAUCGUUGGCCUCGAUCGAUGACAUCCGCCUCAAAACAGAGUUCGAGGAGAACAAAGACAUCCGAGACUACUUGCGCAAAUGGCAGAACAACAACUUGAAUCUCCUGGAUCCGAUCAAGGGCCCUCAAACUACAAAUAUCCCGGGACAGGCGAGUUGGAUCGGCAACAUGCAGAGCGAUGCGACGGAAGCCAACGAUUAUGGUAGCGAAGCGUUGCGAGAAGCCGAUCAGGACACUGGAGAAUUCGACAACCUCGCUGAUGAGGGGGAUGGUGCGCACGACUUCCUGGAAGCUGGAGACUUGGUGGCGUUAGCAGCCCCCGACGGUAUGAUGUCUUUCUCCAUCUAUGUGCGAUCGGUAUUCAAACAGCAACAGUUUUACACGACAAGGGGGAAAUGGCGCGUUGCCUACGACAGGGAUAUUGAAUAUGUGAAGAAGGGGUUUGCUCCUAGGGAGUUGGUGGACCCGCUUUAUCCCCAUUUCCCUGACACCAUUGCACAAUUGAGCCCGCACCUGCAGUCAACGAUUGAGGGUGGUGUGCCGAGACCCGUCGGGGCUCCCCUUGUGAACAUGUUGAACGCUUUUGAUGAAGAGGCACAGGAAAUCUUCCGGAACAAUGCGAAUGAAUUGAGCAACAUGCAUGACAUUGUGGCGGAUGAAAACGAUCUACUGGAGUUCACCCGGGAGGAACUGGCAUGCAAGACCUUGAACCUUGAGAAAGAACAGCUGACUCCUGCCAUUCUUUGUGCCGUUCACCUCGCCACCCGCCGAAAUCAAUUUCUCAUUGAGAAGGAUCGCAGCUCGCCGUUCUCCGAUCAAUAUCUGGUUCUGCCGAAACGUGUCGCUCAAAUUGUGCAAACCGUGACCAACUGGGUGCGUGAACAUCAGAAACAAAUCGUUCAGAGUGGAGGCAAAGCGGUACUUGGGGUUUCAGGAGACAAUCGAUCGCCUUAUUUGUCUGACUUUGUCCAAAAAGCCCGUCGUCUCAUACAGCACAGCCGAAAGAUACGCUCUCCCACAACAAUGGCCUCGGUCGGUCCAACGACACAUCGGUUCCAGCCUGGCGAGGGUGGGACGUCUAUGACUGUCCGCACAGUUCAGAGAGCGCACACAGAGUCAUUCAAUGCCAACGACCGUAUCAUAAUCGAAUUCCUCAAAUCGUGGGCCAUAUCCGGUCAAAUGACAUCUGGAACUUUGCGAUCUGCUGGGUCGCAUAUUAUGCGUGCCACUGGAAUGUAUGCGUUACUAGAUCUUUCAGCCGCAACCGUUCCGCUAUUUCUGCAAGAAAUAGGAGCCAUUGCCCCCUGGGAGAACCUACGAUUGCUGGACCCUAGUAUAGCUCUGCCCGGCCAUGGAGUCUCGCCCAGGUCUGAUGCGGCUUGGGCGGAUGUUCAACAAGCUUCCGAGCAACUAAAAUCCGAUGGCGUCAAGGACACGAUGCAGGAUGCCAGAACCGACUGGGGCGACCUGCCAGUGUACUGUGUGGACAGCCUGGAUGCUCAAGAGAUCGACGACGGUAUCUCACUGGAGCGCAUCCCGGGGUGUGAUGAUACCUUCUGGAUUCGUACCCACGUCGCCAACCCGUCUGCGUUCAUCGAUUCGAAAGACAAGAUAAUGGAAUACGCUGCAUCUCGUGUUCAGACUCUCUACACCCCCGAACGUACUUAUCCGAUGCUCCCCGAGUCACUGACCCAGGAGCACUUCAGCUUGGCCCCUAACCGCCCAACUCUCACAUUCAGCGCCAAGAUGAACCUCAAGGGCGAGGUUCUGGAAACAGACGUUUCUAACGGCACCGUCAAGAAUGUCGUAUAUAUCACACAUGACAAAUUGCGGAGCUUAUUCGAGCCUGAGACACAGGGCUCUACGGAGUCACUGGCUGUUGGGGGACAUUUUCAACCUGACCCCUCGCGCAAAGAGAUGCGAGAAAGCUUGUCUUCCGAGGACGAGCUUAAUUUCCAUACAUUGAGGAAAUUGAUGCUGGCUUUUAGAGAACAGCGUCGCAGGAAUGGAGCCAUGGAGUGGCCCUCGCCGAUCGACAUCUCAGUCUCGAUGACUGUAGGCUCGGAACCGUUGAAACCUCAUUUAAUGCCAGUCGAGAACGCGAGUUUCGUUCUGGGUGACCCUAUUAUUCGGCUGCGUCAACGCGACGUGGACCCCCACGAAGUGCCCGAUAUGUCAAAACGCGACUUGGUCUCUCUGUUGAUGAACCUGGCCUGCUGGGUCUCUGCCAGAUGGUGUGCCGAGCGUAACAUCCCGGUCAUCUAUGACGGGACAUACUAUCACCCUGAAUAUCCCCAGCUAACCAACCGCAACAUCACCAAAUUUGGUGGGAAAAGCUGGUUCGAAAUGGCCGCACCCAAGGGAACCUCCGCGUCAACUCCAGCUCGCCAUGUGCCACUAGGACUUGACCCUUAUGUGAAGUCUACUAGCCCGCUUCGACGAUACACCGACUUGUUAGCCCAUUAUCAGAUAGAAGCUGCACUGCGGUUUGAGCACGAGAACGGUCGUCGCCUAGAUGCCACGAUAGACGAGUCCGUUCUCCCCUUUUCUCGCGAAUACGUGGACAACUACAUCAUCAGUUCCCGCUGGAAGCGUAACCGUCUCAAGAACGUUGACCGGGCGUCUAAGCAAUUUUGGGGCUGCAUGUUGCUCUUCCGAGCCUUCUACUUCGCGGAGUGCGCGCUACCCAAAACAUUCAAGUGCUUGGUUCACCAGCCUUACAGCAGCAUCGCGCUUGUAGGAACGCAAUCUGGACACGGGUACGCGGGUGUGAUCACAUCCCUCGGGAUCCGCUGUCAAAUCCUGGCCCCUGAGGGGUCGCCCGAUAUAGACGUCCUCAGCGUGGUGGAGGCCGAGAUCCGCCACGUCGAUCUAUCCCGUCAGGUGGUGAUCAUGGAAGCCACGCGGGUGGUGAAGCCGUUUGAACGGGUGGGUGAAUGGCGCUGA